AUGGCUAUGUCCAAAUACGAAACUAUCCUCUGGGAAGAGAAGAUGAAAGAGCAGAUCAUGUCUCUUGCACGCGCAACUUACACGGAUAGCUUCUCGCAGUGUUCAGUCUUCGACGUCAUCCACACCACUAUCAAGGGACACAAAGCAGGCGUCGGCGUCCACACUCUUCACGCCACCCACCUCAUCGUCUACAAGUGGCCCUCUAUACACGCCGGCUUAGAAUUCGUCAUCACCGUGGAGUGUAAGAGCUUCGCUGAGGGCCUCGAAUCUCUCAUGGCAAGGAUGCAAGACCAGCUGGGUCGUAGUAUCGCUCGGGCGGAAGUGGACAAAGUAAACUCUUUCAUCGAGGAAGAUUGGAUCGAUUCGGCUAGGGCUGGGGUCGUGGUCGAAGAGGCGCGAUUUGUCAAGAUGAGGGCUGCCCUGGGUAAGCUUCGGAUGGUCUUUAAAGACUAG